AUGUGCAUUGUGCGAAAGACUCACGAAAAUAAUAAACGAUUGACUUUCGCCGAAAUAAAGAAAGAAAAUCGAUUCAAGAAUCAAUUGAAUUCGCUUGAUUGGAGAAAUCGUCCAAAAGCGCAAGCUCAACUCUCAAGGCUGGCAACAACAACGGUAACACAAUGUGCUCUUGGCCUUCUCAUCAUUAAGAAUAUAGGUCAUCAAAAUGCGAAGAAGAUCUUUGCUUGCAGCUCACAUUGCGAUAUCUAA